AUGCAGGCGGCUGGUAGACAAACUGAAGGUGUUACUUUUUUUGACUUCAAGGGUCUUUCUUUUAUGUCUACAAAUAUGGCUGAUGAAAGGAGUAUUUCUCGUCUUGACCUACGCGAUCGUUAUAGAAGUCAAAGUAUAGAUGGCUCGGAUUUAAUAUCUGAAUUAUCCAUUGUCCGUGCACAAAGGACAUCAAGUGAAUUUGCAUUAUCAUCUGCUCAAAUUAAACACGAGUCGAAAAUAAAAAAUUUAAAAACUGAAAAGGAGAUUAUUGAAUCAGAAAGGAAUAACUUAGCUAACGAGCACAAUUCUUUAAAAAGAAAAUAUCAACUAUUAGAAUUUGAGAGAAGCCAAGAUCAGUCAAAAAUGAAAAGUUUUCAACGUAACCUUGAUGAUCGUAUAAAUUCUAUUAUUCAAUCAUCCAGUAGCUUUGGAUCAUCAUUGACUUUAGAAACUGAACGUUUAAGAGAUGAAGUACUUAAUUAUGAAAAAAAAUUUACGGAUUUACAAAUUGCUCAUUCUCAACUUCAAAUAAGAGUCAAAGAAUUAGAAGCUCUACUAGAUUUACGUUCACAGCGAUUAAAAGAAUUAGAAAUGUAUGUAGAAGAAAAAUCAACUGAAUUGAAAGAAUUAUCCGAAUUAAAAGCAACAGUUUCCAAGUUAACUUCAGAGAAAACAAUCUUAGAAGAACGUAUACUAUUAGAAUCGAAUCGUACUAAAAUGCCAGAAGGUUAUGAUCGAUUUAUGAAAGGUGCUAGUUAUAUAGCAAAAUUAGAAAUGGAACAUGAUCGAUUAAAAAUUGCAUUUAAAAAUCUUAGUCAAGAACGUGCUAAAUGGCUUAUUACAGAUGAAGAAAAUUCAGAAUUACGCAAUCAAGUGGAAAUUUUAAAAAAAUGGCGUGAAAGAGCAUUAAUUGCUGAGAAUACCCUACUUGAAAAAGAAACAUUCAUGAAUAGUAUAAUAUCGAAAAAUUGUUCACCUAUAUCAGAUAAUCAUUCAUCUAUAUCAACUAUAAGAAGAUUAGAACGUGAAAAUGAAGUUUUAUUAGCAGAACAAGGUGAAAUCAAUGCAAAAAACAAAGAAUUAUUAAUCAUUUUAAAAGAAACUCAAAAUGAUCAAACUCAAUUAAAUAAUCAUUUACAAAGUAUUCUAUGUAAAUUGAAUGAUUUAAAACAAAUAUGUAAAAGAGGUAAUCAAAUUGUUCAACUUUUAACGAAGGAACAUAAUUUAUGUCAAAAUUUAUUCAAUAGUUAUGUAUUACGUGAGAAUGAUACCUUCAAUAUUCCAUUAGAAUAUCAAAAGUCAAUGUCUAAUUUCAAUGAAUUAUUCAAUGAUUUCAAUGAAUAUUAUAAUGAAUGUACAAUUUGUUUAAAUAGUUUAUUCAAGUUAACAGAAAAGAUAAAUAAAACAAAUGAUCCAUAUACUGAUUCACCAUUAUUAAAUUCUUCAACAUAUGAAGAAGAUAGAGAGUUGGUGAAAAAAUUACGACAUCAAAUAUCUGAAUUAGAGGAGAAUAUUGAAACAUUACAAACGAAAAAUAAGGAAUUAGUUGAUCAAUUAGAGAUAUAUAAUAUGCAGGGUAUGUGCAACACAGGAACAACUAAAAUUUUAACUUAUAAAUACCACCCGGGAGAAAUAAUUAAACAGGAUUUAUCAAAUGAAAUUACUGAAUUACGUUUGUUAACUGAGCGUCAACGCCAACGUAUUCAAGUUUUAGAAGAACGUAUUAUACAUUUAUCAGAGAAACGUGAUUGUCAAAAUCAAAAUAACGAUGUAACUAUGGAAUUAGAUAUUACUAAUACUGUAGAAAAUCGUAUACGUUCCAAUCCUGAUCCAUUAACAGAACUUGCAGAAGUCAAAGAAGAACUUCGUGUUGAACGUUUACGUAGUGAUCGUUUAAUGGAAUUAUUUGAUAAAGCAAAAAUAACAUUUCGUACAUCAUAUCGUGAUCUAUUAGGCUAUCGAAUUAAUAUUCAAUCAUGUGGAGAUUGUCAUGUUUGUCCAGUGUUUACUACAAACAAAGAAGAUACUUUAUAUUUUAAAAAAGUCGAUGGAAAAUUUGAAUUAGUUGAAAAUAAUUUUACUAAAUCAUUACCAGAUAAUAUUUAUCAUUAUUUAAAUAACUCAUUCACUCCUAGAUCUUCUGGAAAACAUCCCUUACACCUGUUUGUAACAUUAUUCCACAAAUAUCAAAAUAUAAAACAACAGUUUGUCAUUGUUAUAAUGGAUCAUCAUGAAAAAACAAUCAAUAAUACUGAAUCAAUUCAUUAUGUUACAAAUUAUGUAACAUUUCCAUCAAUUAAAGAUCCUAUUUAUCAUACAAGUCAACAAAAUAAUUACAUUCAUAAUAAUAAUGAUUAUUAUCGUAAUCUUCAUCAUCAUGAUCAUCAUCAUCAUCAUCUUCAUCAUCAUUAUGAACAUAAUCAUCUUGAUCCUUCUCAACAAAGACAUCAUUCAUCUUGUAAUAAUCAAUUACAACAACCUUAUAUACAUUAUACAAUAGAUACAGAUGAACAUCUAUUUCCAAUCAAUGAUACACCUUCAAUGACUACUACUAAUAAUACAACAUCAUAUAUGGAAGAUAUCAAUGAUAAUGAAUUAUCUUUUAAUCAUAAUGUAACUAAUGUUUCAUCAACUGCUACUGCAGCAGCUAUGGCAGCAGCAGCAGCCGCCGCCGCCGCUGCUGCAUCUGCUGUAGCAGUAACAACUGGAGUUGUUGUCACUUUACAUAAUACAGAUUAUUCUAUCAAUUCUUAUAUUCAUCAACCUAACUUAUCAUCUUCAUCAAGUUACAGUUAUUAUCAAUAUUAUUUAAAUGAUCCACAAUAUCAACAUCAUCAUGAAUCCAUUGAUUUAUUCACAUUACAUCCUAAUCAUCCAAUACAACAACAACAACAACAACAACAACAAGAUAUUGAAGAUGUUAAUACCAGAAUUGAUACUACUUUUACAUCUACUACUUCUAACAAUAAUCAUAGUAGUAAUGAUCUUUUAGAAGCAACAACAAAACAUACUAUUCGACAUUCAAAUGAUAAUCGUAUGAAAUCACAAACGAAAUUAUCUAUUUCUGAUGAUAAUGAUGAUGAUGCUGAUGAAGAUGUAAAAGGUCGAAAUCAAAAUAUACUUAAAUCUGGUAUGUUAUGUCUUAUAUGUGAAGAUAAAGCAACAGGUAAACAUUAUGGUGCUUUUUCAUGUGAUGGAUGUAAAGGAUUUUUUCGACGUUCUGUACGUCGUAAACAUUCAUAUACAUGUCGUCAUAAGAAAAAUUGUAUUGUUACAAAAGAUAAACGUAAUCAAUGUAGAUUUUGUCGUUUUCGUAAAUGUUUUCGUGUUGGUAUGAAAGAAUCUGCUGUACAAAAAGAACGUGAUAAAAUAAGUAAUCGUCAUACAACUUAUGAUCCUAAUUCAUCAAUGCAUUCAAGUAUAGAUUUACAAAAAUUAUUACAAGCUGAAGCAAUAGCUAAUUGUGCAAUUCAUCAAAAUUAUAUUAAUAUCACUAAAAGAUCAUCAGAUUUAUAUAAUGAACAAUCAAAUUAUAAAGAAUUGCAUGAAAAUAAUUUAGCUAAUAUUAAUGAUAUUUGUGAAUCAAUACGUACUCAAUUAAUAUUUUUAAUUGAAUGGGCUAAAAAUCUAUCCGUAUUCACAUCAUUAACAAUCAGUGAUCAAAUUGCAUUAUUACAAGCACAUGCUGGUGAAAUGCUUAUUCUUGGUGCUAUAUGGCGAUCAAUUACAUUAGGACCAACAUUGAAUAAAUCAAAUGAAUAUAAAAUAGAAAAAUCAAAAUAUUUUGAACAAAAAAUUAAUGGAAAUGAUAAUACAUCUAUCAAUGAUACUAUAAAUGAUAGAACUAUUACCUUGGAUUCAAAUGUUGUUGCUAUGGUUACUACUACUACUACUCGGGCUACGGCGACGACGACGACAACUACAUUAACGCAUUCAUGGAAUACUACUGUUACUACAACAACAACAACAACAACAACUACUACUACUACUACACCAACGACUAAUAAUGGAAAUAGUAAUAAUAAUGGAGAUCAGUCCAUACAAAAGAAUCAAAUCAUUGAUAAUACAAUAGAUACUACUUAUUUACAAUCUAUUAAUUAUGAACCACAAUUUAUUUUAUUAGGUAAUAAUCGUAUUAUAUCAAGACAAAAUCCAUUACCAGAAAUAGCUGAUUUAGCUAAUAUGAUUAUUAAUGAAAUCUAUCAACCAAUACAAAAUUUAUGCUUAGAUGAAAUUGAAAUUGUUUGUUUUAGAGCAAUAAUGUUUUUUGAUCCAAGUUGUGAAUCAUUAUCAGAAAAUGGACGUUUAUUAAUACGUAGUUGUCAAUAUUUAAUACAAAUGGAAUUAAUGAAUAUAAUGAAUGGUAAAUUAUAUUUACCACAAGGUCGUUUCGGUGCAUUAUUAUUAUUAAUACCAGAAUUUCGAUCAGUUACCUAUCAAAUGAUUCAUAAAUUACAAAUUAUACAUCAAAUGGGUUUUACCAAAUUAGAUGGUUUAUUAUCAGAGAUUUUAUUGAAUAAUACAAUAAAUGAAUCAAAUGGUAAUAUUGAAUCCAAUCAAGUAAAAUCAUCUAUGAAACAUUCAUUCAAUAAAUAUAUAGUUCAUGAAGAGAAUAAUAAAUCACCAACAAUCUAUUCAAUGCCUAAAUUAUAUUCAACACAUAAUGAUGAUAUUUAUACUUCACAAAUUACUGAAACAUCUACAUCUUUCACCUCCUCCUCUUCCUCCUCUUCCGCUUCUGCCGCCUCUUCCACUUCUUCAUCUGGAUCUUCAUUAUCAUUAUCAACUGUAUCAUCAAUGACACAUAUUAUUAAUAAUAUACCAAUCAUACAUGAAAUAGAUGAUACAUUAAAUGAACAAUUAACGAAUAUCAAUCAUUAUUUACCUAUCAACUCAUCUACAAUAACAACACAAUUACAUAAAAUGUAUCCUACAACCAUAGAUACAACUAUAUCUAUGAUAAAACAAACAAAUAUUGAAACGAAUUCAUUCAAUUAUCCUAUAAUACAAUCUGAAUUAGGAUCUAUUCCAUCAAUUCAUGUAUCUAAUGUAUUAGAUUAUUAUUAUUAUUAUGAUAAUAACAAUAUUAAUCAUAAUCAUAAUAAUAAUGAUCAUUGUAUUACAGAGAAACAAUCGAAUAUUGAUACAUUAACACAAUAUUGUCAGGCGGUUCAACCAAUUAUGAGUACAGUAAAAAAAUUUAGCGCCAAUUUCGAUAUCAGUAGCCAUAGCAACAAUAAUAAUCAUAAUGUUAAUAAUAAUGAUGUCAAUCAAUCACUUAUCACAAUGCAUUUAGGUGAAGAAACUUUUGAAAAUAUUUCAAAUUCAGAUUAUUCAAUCAAUUCAAAUAUAAUUCAUUGUUUACCAAAUUUAGAACCUGGUAUGUAUUAUUCAGAUGAUCAAUUCUAUACAACUUAUUCACAUCAUUUAAAUAUGAUCAAAGCAAAAUAUAAUCAGAAUACUACUAUCAAUACUACUACUACUCAUGAUAAUAAUAAUAAUAAUAGUUCACCAAUUUACACUAGUUACGAUGGAAAACAUUUGACACCAAUCGAUCAUUCUAAUCCAUCCUAUUCCACAAAUCACUUCUGA